CAUGUACAAAAAUGUCAGCCUCAUCAAAAUUAAUAAUUCAUAAAUUUGAAGCGGCUGGGGUUAAUUUUAAAUCGUUACAUAUUUCCAUAGAAGAUGAAGGGAGUUCUACACCUUCUACCAAAUACAGUAAAUGGCUGGAUGGCAAAGUGCAAGAGAAAAAGAAAGAAACUGAUAAGUCUUCACGCUUAGUAGUAAAAAUCGUUUCGGGAAAUGAUUUUGAUAGAUUUAAUUUAGAUGCAAGUGCAAAAGCAAUUGAAUCGCCUGAAUCUUACAUAACGAAUGUUUAUUCCGAGUCUUCAAUGCUACACAAAGAUGAACUUACUUAUAAAUUAGGUGAAAAAGAUCAAGACAUAAGUUACUAUCAUGAAGAAUCAAGAGAUACACUCCUAUCAAAUCAACAAACAUUUGAAACAAAUAUACGUUACGAGAAUGAUUUACAGUUUUAUUUGAAAAAUAAGUGCAAAUUAAAUAAUCCAGGAAUUUAUUUGAGUCCUUUAGAACACAGCCUUGAAAAAGUCAAAGAGAACAACGCUCGUAUUAUGGAAAAUAUACAUAUGCUUAAUAGAACCCUGAAUUAUACUAAGAAGAAAGAGAUACUGGACAUUGUUUGUCCCAAAACUAUAAGAUCAUUUCCCUGUAACACAUGUGGGAAAUGUUUUGUAUACGAGACUGGUUUAAGAAGACAUUAUUCUAUGAGACAUGCUAUGGCGGAGGCACAACCUCGCUGGCAAGUGGUCUGGACCUGUAUUCAAUGUUUCCAGGUGUGGCCACGCCAAGACCAAGCUUUGAAACAUUCCUCUGAGUGUUGUAAAUCAAAUAAUGCUGAUUGUGUUAGAGAGAUCAAAACUUCUUCCUUGCUGCAAUGUGAAUUUUGCGAGAAAGUAUUUACGAGCAUUCCUAGAUUAUUACGACAUUCAAAAAAUCAUACUACAGCAAAUAAUUACGAGUGCAAUGCAUGUGGGAUGUCAUUUAUAUCUUACAAAACAGCUGAACAACAUUGGAUAUUAUGCCCAUGGUUGAACAUGUAUUACAGUUUUUCAUUACCAAAACUAUUGCUUUGUAAUGCAUGUGAUCGUAAAUUCAGAAAUUAUGAACAAUUGUAUAAUCAUAGAUACAAAGUUGGCCACUUCAUGACUAAAACACAUCAGGACAGCUCAAAAUCCCUUGGUAUUUUGGUCUACCAAUGUGAAAUAUGUGGUCAAUGGUAUUCUUCAACAGCACCAUUGAAGGUUCAUAAAAAUCAAUUCCAUCCUAAACAUGAUAUGGGAUUGCAGUGCAGAAUGGAUAAAACCUAUCAAGAUAAUCAAAACUACUGUAUCUCCAAUGAAAAUGAAGUUUAUGUAAAUCAAGGUGAAGAGAUUAUGAAAGUAGCAGAUGAACAAUGAAAAAUAAAUAUAUAGAAGAAUACAUGCAUUUAGUUCUGAAAUAAAAACUUUAUAAAAUAAA